UCUUUUGUCUUUGACUACGGUCUCCGGUAGGGCUCCUAAGUUUUCCCCGCUGUUUCAAAGGUUCCCAUUAAAAUUUCAAAAAAAGUGCCUUUACUAAACGUGAAAGUAGUUAUAGUGGGGCCUUCUUCAAAACGAAAAAAUCCCCAUAAAUCGAUAAAAGUUCGACGACUUACGUGACUUUUGACCCUGUCAAAUUCAAUCCCCGCCGGAGAAACUUCGCGUUGGUUCGUUCGUCAGAUGCUCCACCACAACCAACAACAUGGCGGCGAUUUUCUUAUAAGGGAGAGACCUCGCCGAAUGUGUGCGAUUUUUUAACACUUUAAUUAUUGAAUUUCCCAAACGUUUUAUCGAGAAUGAGUUCUUUACAGUACGUGGUACAUCCUUUGCCUGGUACCGACGAGCAGUUCAACGACAGGUUAAAGGAAGUAGCAGACAGAAUUAACCGAUUAGGACACAACUUACACCCGUCAUUGUCAAAUCUUCGAGUAGGCAUCAAGAAAAUAUGCCUCAGUUCCACCUACAUUGCCCUGUUACUGGAUGACGGUCGAGUGUGCCGGAUAUCGUACAAUAUCCUCUCCGAUAGGUUGGAUUUAAGCAAAAAUGAUUCUAAAAGAUCUUGGUUGUUGCGUAGUUCGGGCGGUGCGGGAGGCAGCGCGGGAGGCGGCGGCGGUCCGAGUGGCGGCGGCACCGGCGGCAAACCGGCCGGCGGGGGCCGAGGGUGUCGCACCAGGGCCAACACCCGACUGAUUUCCGGUCAGAGGAUUAGCAGGGGCGGAACCAGUGGCGGCAACAGAGGAGCCCCGGUGAUUAUAGGCACGUCGUCUUCCGGAGGCGGUAGACCGAUGGUCACGGUGCCGGCUCCAUAUGUGCCGGAAGAAUUGGUGUCGCAAGCACAAGUAGUUUUACAAGGGAAGAGUCGGAAUUUGAUUAUUAGGGAACUGCAGAGGACCAACUUGGACGUAAACCUGGCGGUGAACAAUCUGCUGUCGCGUGACGACGAAGAGGGUGAAGAAGGGGACGAUGCCGCCGACCCUUACGUACCCGAAGAUCUGAUAUCGUUACUAGACGGAGGCUUUCAUUCGGAUCAUUCCGUUAUUAUUGACGCGGAUGCGAUGUUUUCGGAGGAUAUGUUCGGGUAUGCGGGAAUCAGGAAUCGAAAUAGUGCGGGUCGUAGCGGCGGUCGACUGCCAGAUAGAGACGCACCUCCCGGCGGAGCAGGAGGGGGAGGAGGCGCGGGAGGAGGAGGAGGAGGCGGUGGCGCCGGGGGCGGUGCCGACAACAGAGACAGAGAAAACUUCUCCCGAUGGAGGGACCGUCAAUAUUUCGGACCGAGAAAAUGGCUGGAGACGGCCCUGAGGGACAGUCCCUACGAGAAAGAUUCAGCUCUCGGUUUCGUUACAGAUCAGAAAAAGAAGGAUAACGCGUGUCCGAUGUGGAUUUCGGAGGAUUUGGAGUUUUGGCCCGAGCCCGCUCCCAAAUUUUGCCAGAUCGCUACGCUCUACAGCGAACUUAUCGCUUUAUCAUCGAACGGCCAGUUGUAUCAAUGGAAGUGGAACGAGCACGAGCCUUAUAAACAUCCAGAGAACCCAAACGUUCACCAUCCAAAAACGAUCCCGCUCAACCUGACCAGUGAGAAAAUCGUGCAUCUGUCCGCCUGCUCGACCCGUUGCUCGGUGGCCACCGAAUCCGGCAAAGUGGCAACGUGGCUCGACGAACUGUUGGCCCCGGCCGCGAGUAAACUCGAACAUGCCGCCCAAGCGUACGCCGAGUUUCACAACGACAGGAUCUUGGGAUUGUUCACUUGUCCGUUGUAUACGGUGGCCAAACUGGAGAGUGGCGCUUUGUAUUGGUGGGGUGUUUUGCCUUACGCCCAACGUAAGCGUCUUUGGGAGAAAUACAAGGCGAAAUGUCGAAAACAACGGCCGAUGACUGUUCAGUCGGAAAUCGUAACCGGGUCGCAGGUUUGCAUGAAAAACAGCCCGAUGUAUCAGCCAGGCGCUAUUGGUUUUACUGUGUCCGCGGGUGUCCCAAAGAUGGGUCAACUACAAAACGCCGCGUGGAAUCUAUUCGACACGUGCACCUUUAAAAUUAUGAAUAUCCCCGUACAAUCGACUGAAAAAACGAGGGAAGAUCGUAACGUUUCCGGCGGAUCGAGCAUUUAUUCAUACAAGAAAGGUUCGACGAAUAAACGUACCGAAGAUGCACUCUCUGAAGCUACAAACUCCAAAAGUUCCAGCAACAGCAGCAGUAGCAAGGAAAAUACUGAUAGGUUGGACAUGCCUCCUCCACCGUCGCCAGCUUCUAGUACAUGCAGUGAUACUGGCAGCACUAGUCACAAGCGUCAAAAGAAACUAGUGGUAACGAUAUCCGAUAUCAACAUGGACGUGACGCGUAAAGACGAAGAAGAAUGGCACUUGCGCGACGUGAUUUUCGUCGAGGAUGCACGGAGCGUACCGACAGGACGGGUACUGAAAGUAGACGGUGCUUACGCGGCCGUACGCUUCCCGCCGGCGAACAUGCGAGACAAGGACGGCAUCAAGGACAUCGACGAUAUCUUCCAGGAUUGUCGGUUAAUGAGAAAAGAUGAUUUACAGGUGAUAAAGUCGAGCUCAAACUCCAAAGUCCCGGACUGUUUCCAGCGCACACCACGCAGGGUGCAAAUCUCAGAGAACGUGGGCCAAAUCCUAACGAUCGCGGUAGACGGUCAAGGGAUCCACGCGGUCGUUAGAAACGGCGUGAAGCUCAGUUAUGCAAUUUUCAACAUCAGCACGGGACGCGUGGAGCAGGACAACCCGUUCCCUAGCGACACCGCCGCUUUUAUGGGACUCUAUCCCUCUUUGAUAAAUCUAACUUGCGCGGGAGAAAGCCACGAAUCGGUUUUGAUACUCCGCGACGGUAACAAUACGAUUUAUCCGUUGGCUAAAGAUUGUGCUGAGGCUAUUCGCGAUCCCCAGUUCCUGGACUUACCACCGGUUAAAUGCGUGGCCGCUGGCACGAUGGCGUUGCCCAACACCAGUUUGAACAUGAAAAAUCAAGUGGCGGUCGUCGUGUUCGUGUUGGAACAACAAUUACUGAUGCCCAAGAUUUUGCGGUGCGAUGCCGAAGCAGUCAGACAGUCAUUGGCCCAACUGGAUCAAGAUCAGAAAGUUAACUCUAUAGCCAGACCGUCGAUCUUAACGGAAAGGUGCGACGGAAACCGGAACAUUUUCCAUGCGGUGGUCAACAUGUGCACGCCCAUAUCGAAUAAAGACAGCGAUACGGUCCAGGAAGAUCCCAUCAGGUACAUUCAGGAGGAUCCGAUUCCCACGCAGAGUUGGCCUCCCGAAUCUUUUGAUGUGGCUUCGGGUGACGAGGACAGUCUGAUGAGCCUGGGAAGUAGCGCGGCAAACAAAGGCAACGGUCACAACCACAACGCCAUCACGAACAUAAUCGACCCUUCGGAAAGACGCUCGAACGCGAUGCAAAUCCUGCACUCGUUACUUUACGAAUCGACGACGGUUGAGAGUCACCUGAUCGAACUUUUGUGCGCCAAAGACUCGCAGGGUCAGACCCCGUUCAUGUUGGCGGUGUCGUCGCGUAGUUAUCCCGCCGCCCUCGAAAUAUUCGAGAGGAUCACGAAAUUGGGCACGGCACACGAAAGAGAGGAAAUGAUUUUUCCGAAGGGAUCGAAUCCCGACCAUUCCCCGUUGCACGUGUUAUGCUGUAACGACACGUGCAGUUUCACCUGGACCGGCGCGGAACACAUCGAUCAGGACAUUUUCGAGUGUAGAACGUGCGGCCUGACCGGCACAUUGUGCUGUUGCACCGAAUGCGCGCGCGUCUGUCACAAGGGCCACGAUUGUAAAUUGAAGAAAACCUCGCCGACGGCCUACUGCGACUGCUGGGAGAAGUGCAAGUGCAAGGCGCUAAUUAUGGGUAAUCAGUCGGUGAGAUACGAACUGUUGAGUCGAUUGGUCAAGGAGACGAAUCUGGUGUGUCUGCCGAACUCCAGGGGCGAAAGUAUCCUGCUGUUUUUGGUGCAAACGGUCGGUCGACAAAAUCAGGAGCAGCGACAGUUCAGCAAGUCAAGGCCCAGGACCAAUUCGCGUAAUAAGACUCCCUCUUCGGAUAUCGAGUCGGACAUGCCCGAGCACGAUUUGGAACCGCCGCGGUUCAGUCGGAGGGCGUUGGAGUGUCUCUUGUCCGAUUGGAAGGCGCUUAAGAGCAUGAUUAUGUCCGGCACAAGGGAACCUAACGAUUUACAGUUUGCAGACCAACCGUAUGUAUCGGGUCAGUCUGGCACCGCCCUAUUGGACAAAUUCACCCAUUGUUUCCUCGUUAAAUGUCAAAUGUCCACCGAUAUUUUAGCCGAAACGCUCAUCAAAGAGAUGAAAAACCCCGAUAAGAAACAAAGCGAACUUGCCAGGUUUGUCGCACGGAGAUUUAUUCGGUCAGUAGUGCGCAUUUUCGUGAUAUUCAGCAUCGAAAUGGCGCCCACCUCGGCGCGAAGAAGGAACCCCAAUAACCAGAACCAACCAUUGAUUAAGUGCAAACGCAUUUUCCAGUCGUUUAGUAAAUUGGCGAUCGAAGAGUUGUGCGAGGCCGCUGACUCGCUAGUCGCUCCUGUACGGUUGGGAGUUGCCAGACCUACGGCUCCGUUUUCUUUGGCCACAUCACCGAGCGACGUUUUAAAUGGAUCAGAAGAACUGUUCUUGGUCGACCCCUUGGCCCCGACUGUCGCGAGACAAAACAGCCAAGGUGCCGACGCGUUUCCGUAUUUGAGCAGACAAAUGCACCGGUUCUCGCACCGGUCGCUUCCACGCGAGAUCCUCAAUAUCGUCGACUCCGAAACGUUGGGAAUGUCGUUGGAUAACGACGACGACGCGACGUCGGAGCACGAGGACAAUCAGCCCGAUCGAGAUUUGAGUUUGGUGGGUCAGGCCUCGUCUUUGGCCGAUAGCGAACAUCAAGAGGCUCCGCCCGAGUCGCAGGAGAGUCGAUUGCAGGGUGAAGAAUCGGAUCCUGAGUUGGAUCUUUUAGCGGAAACUGAGAGCGAUAGUGACGAUAACCACAGCAACCAAGACGCGGCUAGUGCUCAAAGAUCCGUACAAACCGGAGCUACUGCCGGCAGCGAUACGGGAGGUAUGCUGUUAUUCCCUGAAGAUGAAAGCGGCGAAUCGAGCCAACAGGAGGAGGAGGAGAGCGAGGCGGGAACGGAAGAAUUGGAUACCGAGGAGUACAUUACAAUAGACCAGCUUGAGAGACGAAGAAGCCGUUACAGCACUGCGACCGGCGGUUCGGGACAACGAUCGAAUCUCGCCCCGCAAAAUAUGCAAUGGGCGAUUCGAUCGCGAGAUCAUACGGGCAGAUCGACCGGGGUGCGACUCGCGAACGGAUCGAAUCUCGUCUUUAUCGAUCCGAGUUCGUUACGUCGCUCGACUAAUACUACGGUGGCGGCCGGUUCGGAGCCUAUUACGAUGGCCACUACCGCCAGUUCUUUAGCCAGAGCUUUCGGUAUCGUGGUGCGACAGAUUGCGGAUUUACUUGCGACAAUGUCAAGUAAUUCCUCCUCGGGAAUUCCCUCGAAUUCUUGCAUUACUGUUAACCAGGACGAUGUGUUUAAUGUGCAGAUUUAUCUAGAAUUCCGAUUAAAACCGACAUGGGAUUGGCUCCUAACCGUGAUGGACGCCACCGAGGCGCAACUAAAAUUCGGCGCUUCGCUUACCAACUCUUUAGAUGGCGCCGGGGGCGGCUCAGGUGUAAACAACGGGGGCGGCGGCGGCGUCGGGGCCACGUCGAUGGGGGGCGGCGGUUUGACGACCGCCGGUAGUCGAAAUCCCGCGCCGCAGCAUCCGUCGACGUCGUCGUCGUCGUCGCGAGGUGGCGGUGGCGGCACUACAGGAGGUGGGCAUCGACAAGUGCCUGCUCCCCCCCUUAUAGCUUCACUAGCUGCUUUAGUAGGUUCCAAUUCCAGUGUGGUGCGAUCGAGUCGCGCGUAUCCGGUUACCGGCACUUCUGUGGGGAAUCACGUGGUCGGAUUGACUACUAGUGGUGCAGCGGCCGCGGCCGAAGUCGAAAAUUCACGCACGAGGUCUGACAGAGAUGGUGGCGACGGACACGCAGCCAGAAGGGAGUUCCUUUCCUAUUGCCUGAGCCUAAUGAGGGCCCACAAUAGCGAACAUCUCGACUCGCUACCCAUUUUAGACGUAUCGGCUCUAAAACACGUCGCAUACGUUUUCGACGCCCUCAUUUACUACAUGAGAUCCGGAAUGAUUGACAACAGGGAUGACGACUUAAGGAGCCAAAACAAUUUCCCGUUGCCGCCCUCGUACGACCAAGACGAGAACGAAAACGAGGAGGCCGAAGAGGACAUCACUGUGGCCAUGGAUACGGAUUCGUUGGACGACCAAGAGGUCUCGAAUUUGGCCAAUAAUAUCUCUGGCAACUUGAACAGUUCGUCGCAGCACGGAUUUGGUACGAAAGGAAGGAAGCAUCCGUUUUUCCAAAGAUCAGAAUCCACUUUAUGCCUCGGUUGCCCUCCUCCCGACCCCUUUGAGACGCCCAUGUGUGAGGCGUUGCCUCUGGCAGAUCAGCCUCAUCUGUUACAACCCAACGCCAGACGGGAGGAUCUGUUUGGUAUACCGAAGCAACCCGUGACUUUAAGUUCAACCGGUAGUUCAAAUAACCCAUUGGAACAAUUGCCGACGAAAUUGAGCCUGUCGACUAGAACAAGCGAUUACGCGAUGCGACAACCGGCUCAGGCCAAUCACCCGAUUUCGAGUUCCCUAAAUGUCAUGUGCCCCAACCCUUUGACUUUCCCCAAGAAUUAUAAUCCGCCUGCCGCUGGGACGUCUAGGGAUGCUAAAGAAGUUCAGAUUCAGACCGAGAGUAGCCAACCAAGCACCUCUAGAGAACCGCAACCAGGUCCGAGCAGCGCUAGUUCUAUAGGCAACUCGCCCGUCAAGGAUUCGAAGAAAAGAUACAUGCAACCGUUCGAGAGCCUCCUGGCAGCUAUCGGUAAUAAAGCUAGUGAAGAGGCGAUCAACGAGAAACCCCAAGACCUCUCUUCGAAAAGUGCCUGUUUAGUGGCGUCGAUUCCGUUACCGCCGGAAGCCCCCAAAACGUCCAGACCUCAGAUUAUCGUUUCGCCUCGAAAAUCGGACACAUCCAUUAUGGACACCUCUAGUCAGGACACACAAUUUCCAUCGGUGUUUCAAAUACAGGAUUCAUCGUCGCUUCGAGCCAAUCAAUCGGAUCAGAGUUCAGGGAUUCCCGGACCGUCGCGGAGUCCAAAGGUACCAGAAAUCUGUGGGGGGGACUCUCAGGCCUCCAGAAGUCCCAGUAAGAGUGUCAUUGUUAGGGCCGGCUCUUCGUUGAGCGUCAAUCACAGUCAGAAAUCGAACGAAUCCGACGCAGUAAUGGACGUGCAGCAACCGGAAACGCUUGAAAACCAAGAAAUAUCUGCCAACGUGACCGUGGUUACUACUUCGGCUGCCCAAGAGGCGACACCUAAACUACCCACGGUCGGUCAACUUGUCUCGCACGAUCUUUUGUUGGGCCGCUGGAGACUGUCUUUAGAUUUAUUCGGUCGGGUGUUUAUGGAAGAUGUUGGACUUGAACCGGGCUCCAUAGUGUCCGAAUUGGGGGGAUUCCCGGUGAAAGAGGCCAAAUUUAGAAGGGACAUGGAAAAACUCCGAAAUAACCAGCAAAGAGACUUGACCCUUUCUAAAAUCGAACGAGACAGGCAGCAGCUGUUGAUUCACACUUUUAAAGAACUGAAUAUCGUGUUUACCAGUUGUAAUAGACGGAACUCGUCGUCGCCUCCGUUGGCGGUUAAUCGGGUAAAAGUGACAUUUAAGGACGAACCCGGCGAGGGCAGUGGAGUCGCGCGUAGUUUCUACACGGCCAUAGCCGAAGCGAUCCUCUCAAACGAAAAAUUACCAAACUUAGACGCGGCCCAAGUUGUAGACAACAAGUACACCCAAUACAGCGUAUUACAAAGGGGUUCGUUUUCGAGAAUGAGACAACGGGAUCGGGAAGUGUUGAGGCGCUCGUUACCGUCCAGGGGCCCGGCGAGGAAUCGCGAUCACCAUCGCAGGACGACGAUGAGCGUGGAGGCGCGACCGUUCGUGUUCGUCGACAGUUUGCACCAUAAUACGGACGCACCCUCGAUGCCGGACAUCUCGGCGGGUGGUGGCGGCGCCCCCGGUACCGCCGGGGGCCACGGCGGUGCCCCUGUAGUCAAUUCGCUGCCCAACGAACACUUGACCACGCACCAACAACAGCUCGGCGAUCGGCUGUACCCGAAAGUCUACAAUUUGCAUCCUACGUUUGCUGGAAGAAUCACCGGAAUGCUCUUGGAACUCUCGCCCGCGCAACUUUUGCUACUUUUAGCUUCCGAGGACUCUUUAAGGGCUAAAGUGGAAGAGGCUGUUGAGAUGAUCUUGGCCCAUUCUCAGUCGCAUUCUGAAUUGGGAUCAGAUAAUUUAUUAGAAGAGGGUCUACAGGAAGAAGAGGACAACGCGCCCCUGUUUUACUGUCCGGGAAAAAGAGGCUUUUACGCUCCGAGACAAGGAAAGGCAACUUUCGAGAGACUAAACGCUUUCAGAAACGUGGGAAGACUUUUAGGUUUAUGUUUGCUCCAAAACGAACUGUGUCCCAUAUUUCUAACGAGGCACGUGCUGAAAUCGAUCCUGGGCAGACCGAUUAAAUUCCACGAUUUGGCAUUUUUCGAUCCGGUCGUAUACGAAUCUCUUAGGCAACUAGUGGUAGACGCCGAAACUAAGGAUAGUAACAAUUUGUUUUCGGCAUUGGAUCUGAAUUUCACUAUUGACUUGGGACCGGAAGAAGCGGGAGGAACAGCGGAAAUUGUGCCUAACGGUAAGGACAUCGAGGUAACGUCCGCCAACGUGUACGACUACGUUAGAAAGUACGCCAAAUACAGAAUGAUUAAAACGCAAGAAAAAGCGAUAGAAAAUAUCCGUACGGGAGUGUUUGAUGUUUUACCAGAAGGUUCUCUGGACGGACUGACCGCCGAAGACUUACGGCUGCUUCUCAACGGUGUCGGGGAUAUUAACGUUUCCGUGUUGAUUUCUUACACUUCGUUCAACGACGAAUCCGGGGAAAAUAGCGAGAGACUCGUCAAAUUUAAGCGGUGGUUGUGGUCCAUUGUUGAGAAAAUGACCCAUUUGGAACGACAAGACUUGGUAUAUUUUUGGACCGGAUCUCCGGCUCUGCCAGCGAGCGAGGACGGUUUUCAACCGAUGCCCUCGGUAACAAUUCGUCCGGCGGACGAUGCCCACUUGCCUACAGCCAACACGUGCAUUUCGAGGCUGUACAUACCGCUCUACAGCAGCCGGACCGUGUUGAGACAGAAGCUGUUAUUAGCAAUCAAAACGAAAAACUUUGGAUUCGUCUGAUAGAAAUAUUACUGUUUUAAUGUUUACUUACUGUAAGAUAUCUUGCAUCUAGAAACUCGUUUAAUAAAUAAAACUUCGUUUCAUACUUUAGAAUACUGUUUUACACUUUGUGAUGUAUUAUUUUUAAGUAUCAAAAAGUGAUAUAAAAUUCAUGUAUGUAUAUAUAAAAAAUAAAUUCGAACGUGUGGGUUUUCA